GAUGGUGACCAUGCUCCUACACUGGCUCAUUUAUUCUCUUGCAUCAGUAUGGUUGAUAUCUGCUGAUGGAGAAUUAUGCAAUUCUACAGAAUAUUUUAAGGUUUAUUCUGCACUUUUUGAAAAGCUUGGCUUGCUCGAGAAAAAAGAAAUUACAUUUCGACCCCUAAGAGAACAAAACGAUCCCACAAAUGUUUAUGUGGAUCUGUAUGUGACCUCCAUCACAGAUGUGAACGAAAAAGCCCAGAGCAUCUCGACACAAGUAAGAUUACUCACUUAUUGGAUCACUGAGAUAUCUUGGAACUCCUCAGAAUUUUGUAACAUUGACCGAUUUGUUAUUCAAAAAGAUUUGUUUUGGACUCCAGACACGGUCGUCCUGGAAAGCAUCAAGACAGAGUUUGCAGCAAUAGAGCCUCCAUAUGUCAGGUUAUAUGAUUUUGGCAUGAUGGACAUGUUUGACUUUUUAACUCUGGUCACUACCUGUAAGAUGGACCUGCACAGUUUUCCCUUCGACACACAAAUCUGCAGUCUAUCCCUACGAUCUUUAGCGCAUUCAGAUGAUGAGCUAAUAUUCGCUCAGUCCGAAUCUUCACAGGGGCUUACCUCUGAAUCUCAACGGAUCUUUCAGACCCAGGGAGAGUGGGAACUUCUCGAUAUAAAUACAUCUACAAAUAAUUCUUACGCUAUGUGGGUCUCACAAAGUCAAAUAAUAUUUCAGAUUACCAUCAAGAGGAGACCUCUUCUGUAUAUUGUCAACUUAAUUGUUCCCGUAUUUUGCUUCCUGGUCCUGGAUGUGGCCUCAUUCUUCAUAAAUGCAUCUGUAUCAGAGAAGCUGGGCUUUAAAGUGACUUUGCUGUUGUCCAUUUCUGUGUUGCUGCUCAUUCUUAAUGAGAAGCUGCCAUCAACUGCCAAUGACAUUCCAUUAAUUGGGAUUUACUGCAGUGGAGUUUUUACGCUAAUCGGCAUUAGCAUUCUGGAGACCAUCUUUGUGAAUGUCCUGAUUCGUAAAGGAGAAGACACCAAAUCAGAAAAACCAGCAACUGCAACUGGGCAAGAUGGUGGUGUGAGAGACUUGAAUAACUCUCUAGACACAGUUACCAGUGGAUAUGAAGAGGUGACAUGUAUACUCAACAUUCUGAAGCUGAUCCUCAUGGAGUUUCGUGCUGUUACUCAACAACACCAACCAAAGGAGUCACUGUGCUGGAUUAGAGCAGCAAGAAUUAUAGAUGUGACCUUCACUGCUAUUUACAUAAUCACCAUUGUUGUGUUUCUGUCUCUACUUGGCAAGGUUUGGAUUGUAUUGUAAUAUCCUCUUAUACAUGACCUGCAACUCUGGACCUGUUUAUAAGGGUAGUUAUGCAACUUUGUUUAGUAUGACAUAUUCCUUUAUUUAAUCCAAGUUUAGUUUGAUUUAGUUUUAUUAUGACUUUACUUAAUCCUAAUUUACUUUAUUUUUAUUCAUACUGUAGUACUUGAGUAAAGUAAGAAAAAUGCAGUUGUCCUACCUUGUAUGUAUUCUCCCAUAUUUACUCUCCCACAGCUUUGGCUAAGGAACACUAUAUACUCUAUAUACUAUGUUUACUAUAUGAAAAUAUUUAUCCAAACCUAUUAUAAACCUUUUGAGUAGAUGCAUGUUUAAGUAUUAUUACAUUGCAUAUGAACCUUUUCUUUCAAGAAAAGAAAACACAGAAUGGUCUUGUUGUAAUAAUGUUUUAUUGUGAUAGAGUAUAAAGGAGAAAAUAAUGUAUUAACAAGAAUGGCAUCUGUUACCCGAGAGAGCAUCAUUCCAUUCCCUCAGAUAAGGAGUUGUCUGUUGCUGGCCAAGCAAAGGAGAACGCAGCGUCGAAGAAUCCGAAGAUGAAUAAUAAAAGAGCAGGUGGCAUUAUAUAGACAAUUGAUAAAGGCGUUGACUAAUCUCAAGAUGACAUCAGAAGAGUGGGGGGUUAAGAAACUGUCUAUAAAAGACUGAGAUGAGAUAAUUUCAUCGGAACAAUCUCUCCGGUGCUAGAUGCUUACUGGGUUGCCUUGAGCAUUAGAUUGAUAUUUGCAGACUUUAUGCUUUUAUUUUAUUUUAUUAGUUACAAGUAUAUUGAUUGUAACCUUGAAAAUUGUUAUUAAUAAA